UCAUUCAUUCAUUCACACACACACACACACAGUCACACACCCGCCUUUCUCUCUCUCUCGCGCGCGCGCGCCUCACACCAUGUGAACUCUCCUCUCUCUCUCUCUCUCUAUAUAUAUAAAAAUAUGUAUGUACUAAUGUGAGAUCUUUGUAACUUAGUGGCUUCACUUCACUCUGAGAUUUUCUUAGUUGUAUAGCCAAAAAACAAUAAUGGGGUCACUUGUUUUUCACUGAAAAAGCACAUGAUAAUCUGUGUGUGUGUGUGUUUUGUUUCAUAUGCUGCAGUGAGAUUUGGAGAGUGGCUGUAAGAUGAAAAUGAGGGGCUAUUCAUUUUUUACUGCUACUCUCAUUCUUGUUGCUGUUUCCAUUUUUCUUAGCUCAAUCCAUACUGAUGCUUUACCAAGAGAUACUUUCAAGUCCAUUUUAGGGGAGGGAAAUUUGGAAUCAUGGAAGAAUGGAGUAUUGGACUCAGCAGGUAUGGCACACGCGCCAGGUCCAGCCGAUGGGCAUGUUGGCACGCUUGUGCUGGCGGGAAACAGGACGAGGAGACCGGACUUUCUUUCUGGUUUCCACAAAUACAGAGGUGGAUGGGAUAUUGCCAAUAAACACUACUGGGCUUCUGUUGGUUUUACAGGCCUUGCUGGUGUCAUACUUGCUUUGCUUUGGUUAAUUUCAUUUGGUUUAGCUCUCAUAGUGCAUUAUUGCUGCGGAUGGAAAUUCAAUAUCAGAGGCAGAGAAUGGCAUUUUUCCCAGAAUAUAUGCCUGGGCGCGCUUAUUGUCUUGACAUGUGCUGCAGCGAUUGGAUGCGUCCUACUUUCUGUCGGACAAGAUGAUUUUCAUGCUGAAGCAUUGGACACUUUAAAAUAUGUCGUAAAUCAGUCAGAUUACACUGUGCAGACAUUGAGAAACGUAACACAAUACUUGUUACUCGCGAAAACUGUAAAUGUGGCCCAGAUUUUCCUCCCUUCAGAUGUAAAAGAUGAUAUUGAUCACCUAAAUGGAGAUCUAGAUUCUGCAGCAGAUAAACUUGAGGAUAAAACAAAUGAAAAUUCAGGGAAGAUACGAAGGGUCUUCAAUGCUGUGCGUUCAGCUUUGAUCACUAUUGCCGUCGUCAUGCUCCUCAUCUCCAUUCUUGGUCUUUGCCUUUCUAUCCUUGGCCAUCAACACGCAAUUCACAUAUUUAUCAUUAGUGGAUGGUUACUGGUGGCAGUUACAUUCAUUCUCUAUGGAGUUUUUGUCAUCAUAAACAAUGCAAUUUCAGACACUUGUAUGGCAAUGGGAGAGUGGGUAGACAAUCCUCAUGCUGAAAGUGCCCUUAGCAACAUACUUCCAUGUGUUGACCCAAGAACGACAAACCAGACGCUGUUCAAGAGCAAACAAGUCACUGUUGAUCUCGUAAAUAUUGUCAACGGAUUUAUCGACACGUACGCAAAUGCCAAUCCAUCUAAUCAUGCCAAUUCAAAUUACUAUAAUCAGUCAGGACCCUUUAUGCCACAUCUCUGCUAUCCAUAUGACUCCCAAUUGCAUGAUCUUUCGUGCCCCGCUGAUCAAGUGUCUAUGGCAAAUUCUUCAAUGGUAUGGCAGAACUUUACUUGCAACGUAUCUGCAGCUGGAAUAUGCACUAGUGUCGGGAGGCUGACUCCUGACAUGUACGGACAGUUGGUGGCGACGGUGAACAUUAGCUAUGCACUUGAACAUUACGCUCCGCCAUUGCUUAAUCUCCAGAACUGUGAUUUUGUUCGUGAUACGUUUAGGAACAUCACGGUCAAUCACUGCCCUCCGUUGGAACACCAUCUUCGGGUUGUUAAUGCAGGAUUAGCUGUUAUCUCAGUUGGAGUCAUGCUAAGUCUCGCUUUGUGGAUAGUAUAUGCAAACCGCCCCCAAAGGGAGGAAGUGUUUGCGAAGCUCUCUUCGCGAAUAAAGAGCAGCUGUAACGGCAAGAAUAUUAGCUGCAGUAAUUGUAAUAUUGAUUUGUCAUCAAGAGGUACAACUCCAAAAACUGGAGUGUAGAUAAUAUCAGAGUUUUAGCAUAGAGAAAGUGUAGAAUUCUGUGGCAUGAGAUUCAUUUUGAUCUCUUAUAACCUGUGCUCAAGGUGGCGGCGAAGCACCAUUUUCGAGCUGGGGAUUGGUAGUCAUUCUAUUUUACGUCUAAUACAUGUAUAGACAGAGACGGAUCCAGGAUUUAAACUUGAUGAGUUCAACAAGGUUAUUAUCAUUGAACUUGUUAUGUUUUUGACAUUAUGGGUUCAGAAUUUAAUAUCUUUAGAAAUUUUAGUGAUCUUGUACUAUA